AUGGCCCGCAGAAUCGCACAAAUUGUCCAUCUCAAACCAUCUGCAGUCGCAGCGUACAAGGACUGUCACGCCAAUGUCUGGCCGGAGAUUUUACAGCAGAUCCACGACUGUAAUAUCCGAGAUUACUCGAUUUUCUUCGACAACGACAAGACCCUCUUCGCCACAUUCAAAUACAUUGGCAACGACUUUGAGGCUGAUAUGCUCAAGAUGAGGGCCAACCCCAAAGUGCAGGAAUGGUGGAUGAUGACUGAUGGAAUGCAAGAGAGCCCGAAUCCCGGCUCCACAGGCAGCAUGGACCAAGAAACGUCGUGGUGGAAGCCGUUGGAGGAGGUUUUUUAUACCGUGUGA